CCGGAUGUUCCACCCCUGACAGCCUCUCCCCUCAGCAGAGCAUCAACAUGGAGCUGCUUAUGAACUUUCUUACCUUGUUCUUUAAGGUGUUGACGUUGCCCCUCCAACUGAUCGAAGCAGUUGGUCUCUACCAAUGGUACAAAGGCUUCUUCGCGUUGCUCAUGUCCAAAAUUAGCGUAUCGUACAAUGCGAAAAUGGACGACAAAAAGAGGGACCUGUUCAGCAACCUUCCGGACUUCAAGAAGCCCUCCGAGCCGCUAACCGUCCUGGAGAUAGGCUGCGGGACCGGGACCAACUUCAAAUACUACCCACCUGGCUGCAAAGUCAUCUGCACCGAUCCCAACAGACACUUCAAGAAAUACCUGGAGAAGGGUAUGAGCGAGAACACCCACCUGUCUUUCGAGAGGUUCUUGGUGGCGGCCGGGGAGGACAUGGGGUCGAUUGAGGACGAGGCUGUUGACGCCGUUGUGGCCACCCUGGUGCUGUGCUCUGUGCGGGACAUGACCCGCACCAUUCAGGAGGCCCACCGCAUGCUCAGGCCCGGGGGAGCCCUCUUCUUCAUGGAGCACGUGGUCGCAGAGCGCUCCUCCUGGACCUACUUCUUCCAGCACGUUCUCCAGCCCAUGUGGUACUACUUUGGCGAUGGCUGUGAGCUGACCCGGUCGACCUGGAACGACCUGGAGGCCGCUGGGUUCUCCGAGCUCAAACUGAAGCGCAUCGAGGCUCCCCUCAACUUCCUGAUCAAGCCACACAUCGUGGGCUACGCCGUCAAGUAGAUUUAGCCUGAUAUCCAAGUCACAACACUGAGAGAAUGACCGACCGUUCCACUUAAAGGUGUAGUGUGUAGGGUUUUGUGGCAUCUAGUGGUGAGUUUGCAGAUUGCAGCCAACUGAAUACCCCUCCCUUUCCAGCGCCGAAGCUAAGGUGGCCUGUGAGGAGCCAAAAAUUAUCAAAUUGUCUAUGACCGCGUCAAGUUGCCAAGUGAAGAUGUUCCUUGACAGCUGUAUAAUUUGGAUUGUGUUACCUUCUCCGUUAAGCUAUAGCUCAUAGCAUAGAUCUUUCUAAGUAACCAAAAACACUAUCGGUACUUAUUUUCAUGGGAUAACACACCAAGUAAAACCGUUUUGAAUGUUUGAACCAUCUUCUACCGACUCUGUUCCGAUAGAUGCCACUUAACUCUACAGACUUUAAUUAAUUAGUGCACCUUUAAUGUUUAUCAACACAAAUCACAAUCCGCAGCACUUCGGUGGGAGACAGACUUGAAAUUCCAUGCACAAGUUCAUUCAAUUAAUUGCUACAAGUUUACUUUAUCAAAAUGCAUCUAGUGUGGCCAGUGCUUAUGGCGUUUGGUGUAAUCUAGGGAUAGAAAUAUCUACCAAACCGCUGAUGUAGUUAGAAUACAAAAGCCUACAGUGUUACAGCUUUGAGUUUAAGGACAUGUGUUUUUUGUGAGAUCAGAGAUUACCUUAGAGUGUUUACCAAUUUAUACACCCGCUUCAUUGUUUUAAUGGUUUUAUUUUAUAUUCAAAUGUAAGAUCUAGUGAGUGAGUAGCGGCAGAUAUAACCACGAGGGCUAGGGACUGUCCAUCUGUUACACAAGUACACACAGAUCGAAGACCUUUGACCUUGAUGAACUCAAUAAACCUACAUUGUUAAUGUGUAAUAAAACAGUGUGGAUCACAAACCUUU